AUGCCUGAAAAAGACUCGAAUAAGCCCACGUACGAUAAUUCGGAAGACUUCAUCUGGGAUACGUACUUGAAGGCCUCCAAAGACGAGGACGAAGCGCGCCCGAAGAACUGGGAGGGCAGCACAACAGGCAUCCUCACCUUCACUGGUCUCUUCGCCGCGACUGUUGCGGCCUUCAUCGUCGAGAGUUACAAGCUGCUGUCCGUCGACUCGGGCGACCAGACAGUCCACCUGCUUUCGCAGCUCCUUGUCGCGACUGCGAAUGCCUCGUCAGGCCUUCCUGUCAUCGUCACAACACCUAAGCCGUUCUCCACUCCUCCCGCAGCCAUCGUUACGAAUGCACUUUGGUUCUCAAGUCUGUUGAUUUCGCUCAUCUGCGCAUUGCUAUCGACUCUCGUUCAGGAGUUGUCUCGAGCCUACGUACAGAACAUCAAUAGACGAAAGGUUCUUCAUGAGACCUUGCGCGAACGCGCCUUCAGUCACAUCUUCAUCCGCAUGGGCGUCAAUCGUUACGGAAUGGACCAGUUUGUGUCCUGGAUCGUCGCGCUGGUGCAUCUCGCAGUCUUCCUCUUCGCGUGUGGGCUCCUAGUCCUCCUCUUUCCUAUCGACCGUAUUGUGGCAGUCGUUGCUACUGCGAUCCUCGGGAGCUUUGUCCUCGUGUAUUUCAGUGCCAGUUUGCUCCCUCUACUCGAGAAGAGUUGUCCAUACAGGACACCUAUCACAUAUUUGAUCGCCUUCGUUGACUGGUCCGCUCUAUUCGGAUGA